AUGAGUCAUGAGAAGCCAAGCUUAAAAGCAGACAUCCCAGUUGAACACAUUAUUGAGGUAGAGGAUGUUGAAAAAGAGGAUGAAGUACAAGACAUGGUUGAAGAAGAAGCGGCCCAACCAAGGAAUGGAGCACCAAAGGAAGCUAAAGUUAUAAGAGAAGCCGUUCCCAUUCUUUUUCCACACCUUGCUAGGAAACCCAGAAAGCAGAUGGAGCUAGACCCCAAGAUGGUGGAGAUCUUCAAAAAGGUUGAGGUAACUAUUCUCCUUUUUGAUGAUAUUCACCAGGUACCUAAGUAUGCUAAGUUUCUAAAAGAUUUAUGCAUAAAUAAAGAUAAAAUACAUGAUUUAGAAACUAUUCCUCUAGGUAGCUCUAUUUAUGCUUUAAUUGGUGUCAUACCAGAAAAAUGUGGGGAUCCAGGUCCAUGCAUGGUUACUUGUACUAUUGAGGGUGUACAAUUUUUUGACUGCAUGUGUGAUUUAGGUGCAUGUGUGAGUAUUAUGCCAUUAUCUAUAUAUGAUGCUUUGAGGCUCCCUCCCUUAAAAUGGUCGGCAUCAUGUUUUGUUUUAGCAGAUAAAAUCCUAAUCUCGGUGGUUGGAAUUGCUGAGGACGUGCUGGUGAGCAUUAAGGGGCUAACAUUCCUUAUUGACUUCUACAUUUUAGAUAUGCCCCCUAAUGACUCAGGAAGACCAUCAUCCAUCCUGCUUGGAAGGCCAUUUCUGAAGACUUCAAGGUUCAAAUUGGAUGCCUUCUCGGGAACUUACUCUUUUGAGAUAGAUGGCAGAGCAGUGAGUUUCAACCUGGAUGAAGCAAUGAAGCACCCACCGGAAGAUCACUCCAUCUUGCAGUGCGACAUUAUUGAUGAGACCAUGGCUGAAGUCCACCAGGAAGAAGUAGAAGGGAUGAACAUGGAGCAAGGUGCAAGUGUGGGGAAACCCUCUGAGCUUCCUGAAAAUACCUUGCCACCACCAAUGGUCCCAGAUGAUCAAGUGCCUAGCCAUGAGCAGCACAUGGAGUUGAAGCCCCUUCCACUCCACCUCAAGUAUGCUUACCUUGAGGAUAAUCAGAAGCUCCCAGUUAUCAUUGCAAGGGAUCUCAUAUCCCAACAGGAGGAGCAGUUGCUUAGUAUGCUAAGAAAGCACAAGAAAGCUAUUGGGUAG